AUGACUAAAGCAAGGCUUUAUCUUUCGGGUGUGGAAAGAAAAGAUGAUCAACUCGAUGCCUUUCACUCUCCCGAAAAUAUUCUACUUGAUGAUGAUAGCAGUUUUCAAACAAAAGAAGACACUAAAACUUGUUUUAUUUAUUUAGACAUUCUUGAUGAUACAUUUAAAAUUGAUAAAGUGAUCGUAAGAAAUAAUGGGUCAGCUUUGAUUGAAGUUUGUGUAUCGGAAGAAAGUAAUGGGAAAUUUGAUGAAAGUAAAUCUCUUGUGUUACUUCCUACAACACCCAUGCUGAAUUUUCAAGAUUUGAAGACCAAAUCUAAAUUUACAGAUCUUCAUAUUUUCAAUUCUAAAUCUCUCUAUAGGUCCGCACUGAUGAGACAAGACGAGAAGGGAUUUAAAGGAUGGAAGAAAAUUCGCAUAAAAUUAACAUCGUCCUAUUCUGGAAACUAUUUAGGUUUGACAUACUUUGCUGUGGAAAAAGUUGAUUCUGAAACAACAAGCAAGAUGGAAGAGUCAUCCACUUCGCUCAUCAAAGGAGCAACAUUAGAUAUUCCAUUACUUUCUGAUGACGAUGAUGUAAAAGACGAAAAUCCUCAAGAGAAAUUUGAGCAAGCAAGGAAGAUGGCCCACACAAAACUCUCGGCCUCCCCCUCUUUAGAUAUCAAGCCAAAUUUACCGAGUGCAAAAUUAAGUGUUUCUUCAACAGAGGUAAAGAAAAGAACAUUGCCAAGUGGUAUUACUGCUAAACCUACAAAAUCAUCAUCCCAAACUAAUGACAUUGAUGACAGUUCUGAGAAAACUGACACUUCAAAAAAACGAACAAGAAAGAAAGAAGAGUCCAAGAAGAAACCUAUCAAGUUUAAAUCAAUUGCUGGUUUAGAUGAAAGUGAUAAGUCAGAUAGUGAGAAAGACCAAAAAAAAGCUGACAAAAAGAAACCAACCACAAGAAAAAAGACUACAACAAGGAAAAAGAAAUAUUCUUCAGAUCCAUCCAAUACAGAUGAUGAAGAUAAAAUGAUAGACGAUGCUAGCGAUGCUGACGAAAAUGGUAAUCUAGCAGGUUUUGUGGUGAGUAACAAGACAACAAUUAAGGACAAGCGGAAUCUUAAAGACGGGCCAGUAACUUCCAAAGAGAACGUUCUUGUUGGUUGUGUGAUUGCAAUCAGUGGUAUUCAAAAUCCAGAAAGAGCUACUAUAAGAGAGAAGGCACUUGAAAUGGGAGCCAGUUAUAGACCAAAUGUUACCUCAGACACUACACACUUAGUUGCUGCGUUUGUUUCUGAUAAGGGUCGUGAAGCACAAAAGCAAGGGUCAAAAAUUGUCACCAAAGAGUGGGUUUAUGACUGUUACUCGAAAUUAAGGCGAAUGAACGAAAAAAAGUACUCAUUGAAAAAAGAUGAUUCGCUAAGUGAUGAUGAAGAGGCAGAAGCGUCACUAGGAUCUGACAUUGACUUUGAAUUAAGUGAAGACAGUUCUGAAAAAGAUAUGGAAGCAGAAGAUGGUGAAUACGUCCCAAAACGAAAAAAGAAAAAAGUGUCUCGAAAACCAGAACAAAAGCCAGAAAAGAAAAACGAAAGCAAACCUAAGAAUGACAAAAAACCAGAAAAGGUGGUUCAUGAUUCUUCGAAAGAUAACUCUCAAACUGAUGUAUCGUCUAAGAAUGUUACAACAUCUGCCAGUGCUGCCUUGCCAAAUGACAAGCCACCAACGACAUCAUCACCAUCGAUAACGAACGAGAAAAGUGAGGCACCACCAACACAAGCAACAACAGCAACUUCUCUCUCGCCACCAACUACGACGUUGGUCAACAAGUGUGACCUAUCUUCAUCAGAAGAACAAGAACUUUUGAGAUUUAAAAAGUUCUUUGAUGACUCUCCAAACAUGAAAAAAUCCUUUGCUGAUUUUAUAAGAGAAGACAUUUUUGGAGCAGCAAUUUCAUGUACCAGAGAAGGUGAUAUUAUGGCCUUUUUUGAGCAAUGGUCACUAAACACACCUAGCCCUAAAUUUUUGAGAAGUAUCGCAAAGUUGGCAAUGGACGACGAUGAAACAAACAAGGAAGAACUGAUCAACAGCAUCGAUCAUUUGAAAAACAAAAUGCUGCAGUACAUUAACUUGAACUUGUCAAACAAACCCAUAGUUGCCGAUGUGGAUCUUGAAGGACCUCAAGCUGCAUUGCCUUCAUUCUUUGAGGGAUGUAUUGUUUAUUUUGAUCCAGCAGUUAAGAAUCAAAGAGAAUUGAGGAGGUACAUCAUUGCUUAUGGUGGAGAAAUUGCAGAUGAUUUUUCUGAAAGAAGGGAUGACAUCACUCAUGUUAUUGUAAAUCCUGACUAUGAUGGAAAUAUCUUGUACAAUGACAAGCGAAUUGUCGAUUGGAAAUGGGUGCAACACUCUCACAGAAGGCAAAGAAAGUUGAACGAAGAGGCUUAUGCUGUUGGUGAUUAA